GCUCUGCGGCCCGUGCUCGGCGUUCCGGGCCUCCGGGCCGCGCGCCCGACUAGGGACUGCGGGUCUGGCCUCCAGGUGUGGAUCUAACAGCUCCCUGUGGCCUUUUGGAGAGCUCUGACACCUUCGAAAGGCUUUGUAUCGCCAGCUCCAUCAUAGUCCCGGAAACGCUUUGACAUCUGCAAAGUAGCUCUGUGCAAACUGAAGCGCUUGGUAAUCGCGGAAGCACGUGGGCUUGGAAACCGAAUCGAACGAAGCCUUUGGUAAAUCCUGGGAUCAUUUGGACUUCUCUGAAGCGCUUUGGAAUCGCACACAUUCGAAGCGCUUUGGCAUCUCUGAAGCCUUGAACUGUGAUGGGCAGUGGAAAGAAGGGGGAAAGGUGCCCAUGGCGUCGGAGCGGCGCAAGGUCAAGUACCACUGGAGCAGCACUUCGGAGCGGAGUUCCCGCAAGCGCAGCUGCCUCCGGGAGCCCAGUGAUGUGGCCCCCUCCAGCCGGCCAACUCACAGCUCUGCAGCGCGUUCUGGAGGGGCCAGCAGCCCCAAGCGCCUGAAAGCCCAGAAGGAGGAAGAUGUGGCCUGCUCGCCGAGGUUGUCCUGGGGCUCAUCCCGCCGCAGAAGUUCCUCCUCUUCCUCCUCCUCCCAUUCCUCUGGCCCAGGUGUGGGUGGGGCCGCCUCCAAGGGAGGCCUGAUUCGGAGCUCACAGGGGUUCCUUUCGUCAGGGGACUCCCCUGGCAAACCCUCUCUAGAAGAAAUGGCUUCUCUAGAGGAGGAAACCUGCAGCCUUAAGGUUGAUUCCAAAGAUAGUUCUCGUAACUCCGUGGACUCUGAAUUUGCAGCUGAAGCUGAGAGUCAAAAUGAUACAAUGGAGAAAUCAAACAAGGUCCAGAAAAGGAAAAGGGAUAGACCUCAAGACCAAGGCUCUACGAUGAUCUACCUGAAGGCCAUCCAGGGCAUCCUGGGCACGUCGAUGCCAAAAAGGAAGGGAGAGGCUGCCGCUCGGUCCAAAGCCAAAGCGGCGGAGCGUCCCAGCCACCCAGAGGGACCAGCCACGAGUAUCACCGUGUCUGCUCCUCAGAAAGAGAAAGAGUCCACCCCAGAGGGCACAGUGGAAGAGGAGAAGGCUGAGGAGAAGAGCGGCUUCUGCAACAGGAGAGUGGUGAUAGACCCUCAGGAGAAGCCCGAGGAGGAGCCCAUAGGUGACCGAAGGAUGGUCAUUGACAAGCGCUCUCCGCCCCUGGAGUUUGUGGAUGACUCUGACUCCCAUUUGAACAGCCAAAAGCCUAAAGAAAGAGAAGUGGUAAUAGAGCGCUCCUCUUCCGGAAGUGACUGGUCUGAUGUGGAUGAGAUUUCCACGGUCAGAUUCUCUCAGGAGGAGCCCGUGUCUCUGCACCUCUCAGCAGCUCCAGAGCCUUCUGCCUUCCCCACCGACUACGUCAUGUACCCAGCUCACUUGUACAGUAGUCCCUGGUGUGACUACGCCAGCUACUGGACCAGCAGUCCCAAGACCCCCAGCUACCCCUCUGUGGGCGGUGGCGGUGGCAGUGGUGGCGGCAGUGACACGGCGCAGGCAGGGAGGAGGGGCGGGGGCUCUUCCCCCCGCUCUACGGUGAGCCCCCCGAACACCUCCAGGGGGCCAGAGGCCGCCGAGGAAGGCAGAUCCCGGAAAUCUCGCUCACUGCGUUUCUCCAGAAGCUCGGAAGACGUGAAGGAGAAAAGAACAUUCCAGGAGGAUGCUCCCCCACGUCCGUGUGAGGGACACGCAUCUAGCUCCCUGCCCAGGAGCCGUCGGGAGCCCAGGCUGGAGGGUUUCAUUGACACCCAUUGUCACUUGGACAUGCUUUAUUCCAAGUUGGCCUUCAAAGGGACCUUCACAAAGUUUCGGAAGAUUUAUAGCAGCUCCUUCCCUAAGGAGUUUCAGGGCUGCAUCUCUGACUUCUGUGAUCCUCGGACACUGACAGAUUGCCUCUGGGAGGAUCUGUUGAAAGAGGAUCUGGUGUGGGGAGCCUUCGGCUGUCACCCCCACUUCGCACGUUACUACAACGAGAGUCAAGAAAGAAAGCUUCUGCAAGCCUUAAGGCACCCCAAGGCUGUGGCAUUUGGGGAGAUGGGCUUGGAUUACUCUCACAAGUGCACCACGUCCGUCCCAGAGCAGCACAAGGUAUUUGAGCGGCAGCUGCAGCUGGCUGUGGCUCUAAGGAAGCCCUUGGUGAUCCACUGCCGAGAUGCUGAUGAAGAUCUGCUGAAAAUCAUGAGAAAAUUUGUGCCUCCAGACUACAAGAUUCACAGGCAUUGCUUCACCGGCAGCUACCCGGUCAUUGAGCCCCUGUUGAAGUAUUUUCCCAACAUGUCCGUGGGCUUCACAGCAGUCCUGACCUACUCCUCUGCCUGGGAGGCCCGGGAAGCUCUGAAGCAGAUCCCGCUGGAGAGGAUCAUCGUGGAAACGGAUGCUCCUUACUUCCUGCCUCGACAGGUUCCCAAGAGCCUUUGCCAGUAUGCCCACCCGGGCCUGGCCUUGCACACAGUUCGAGAGAUUGCCAGGGUCAAAGACCUGCCACUUGCCAGCACCUUGGUCACCCUGCGUGAGAACACCUGUCGCCUCUACAGUCUUUGAACAGAGAGCAUGCCAUCAGGAGUCUCCCAGAAAAGGACAACCAGUGGCCUGAUAGGACAAAGGCCAUGGGAACUCUGCUGGUGCCACUUGAGGAUGUUGGGGAGCCCAUUGGGAUGGAGGAGCCCAUUGGGAUGGAGGAGGCCUGGACAGAGUGUUGCCUGAGACAGCGUUGGAGGCUUCUGCUCUCAGCGGUGGGCGGUGGGUGGGUGGUGUGGGUGAGGGGUUGGGGGCCAGUGUUCUGGCCACGGGGCUCGGGGCGGCCAGUGAAGAAGAGAAAGGCUGAUGUAAGGGCACAACGAGCUUGCCAACCCAGUCCUCUGCAGCUUGUGGUCUUAAGCAGUCUGUGAAUAAAGUCACACUCCUCUUCAGCUAAAGCGCAUGUGAGCGUGUAACUUGGUUCCUGGUUCUGCACUCUGAAAACGACCUCCCAAGUGGGAAAGCUCUGGGGACGUUUGCAGGAGACCUACCUGUCUCAGAGGCUUUUGCUCCCGCAGCUGGCAAGGGCUGCCGGCCCUUCCCCGCAUCCCUCCUCCAUCUGGCUCUCACUGCUGCCGUGUCGGCUCUGCGUCUGCAGAGGCAGAAGGACCUCGGCUGCCGGUCUCACUUGUUCCACUGCCGUCGAUGUGGAGGGGGCCAAGGGGCGCUCGUUGUCCAGGGCAAGGCCUGGCCAGGGGAGAUUGGACAGACUGGGGGACUUGAGGAAGACCUUCUUGAGGAAGAAGACCCCAGGGAAGGUGUUCCCAGUUACAGAUGCCCCCAGGGCUGCAGUUCAGUUGCGUUAAACUGAUGAGGGUCAGGUUUGUAGCAGAAGCCAUCUGCUAUCGGGGUCCCAGCUGCCCUUUGCUCCACUGUGCCCCCUUCUCCUGGAACCCUGGACCAAAAAUACUCUGGUUUCAUCUCAUGUAACAGCCCCUUGUGUGCCCCACCCAGGUGGGGAGGUAAACUGCCUCCAAACCCCUGCCGGUGCCGCCUCGCCCUGUACUGCUCUGUGCAGAACAAGCGUCUCCCAUCCCCCUCUGAGGUUCUCCCUUGCCUCCACAAUGCCCUGUCUCCCUGGUGGCAGUGAGAGCCCCUCCUUGGACUUUGGAGCAGCCAGUUCAUCUCAAGUUCUGAGCUGUGCUCUGCUCCUUGCUGGUGCCUUGUGAAGGUCUAUUCAUUACAGGCCCUGGAAGGUUACAAUGGUCAAGGCUUAAGUGUGAGGACCCUCUGCACUUUGGACAAAAGGAUCCUUUAUUCCAAUCUUCCUCAGGGAGACAGGCCACCCUUAGUCCCUUGUUUGUUUUUUGGAGGCCAGUGGCUUAAAUCAUAAAAUCCAUCACUUAGGCUGGAUUCCUUUAGGUGAAUUUGGAAGAUAUUUUUGAGCCUUGGAAGCUGCAAGGAAAUGGACUUGGCAGUUCCUGUCUGGUAUUUCCCUCUUGCCCUGGCAUCCGAGUUGCUGGCCUGAGAAGUGGGAUUGCUCUCGACCAUCCAUGGAUCAGCUGUGCAGCAUCUGUGCCUCAGAUUUGGGGAGUCCAGGGCCUUGUUCUCCUGCCUGGAAGAUUUGGAGGACUAGGUAUUUCAGAGUGCUUUACUGUCACCCAGAUGAACUGCAGGCUCUCCAUCUCCUGCACAGCAAGGCCUGUACGUCACAACUGCCUACACAAGAAACCAACCUGGUCCAAGGAUUAAGAGCGGUUAACUCAGUGGACGUCUCUGAGCCAUUGCAGUCUCCCUGCCAAGGUAAAGCACAAGGUGCUACAUACUUUUAUCUCUAGGAUUUAGGAUUAUCAUUUCUGUUACACAGUGAAACAUGACCUGUGUAGGCGUGAAAGCUGGUUGGCAUUGUUUUUAAUUUAGUUUCUGAAUGGCUGACUUGAUUGUGCUGUGUUGGCAGAAUGCCUCUGUACCUCUGCCCCCUCGCCCCCUUUGGCGAAAAUAAAGUGAUGGAUCUUCA